AGUCUCUAAAUACGAAUUAAGUAGAUUGUAUAGAUAGUGCAAGUGGUAGGUGCGUUACUGAAAUAUAUUUUCCGGUGACUAGUUUUCAACUAUUCUUGGGCUGCAUUGUUUGAAAUUAAGGGUCAAUGAGCCUAGAUCAAUUUAGGUAUGGCAUGGGUUAUGACUUCAAAUCCCAUUCACAGUACGUUUUCCUCUUUAUUUGUGCAAAAUGGAGACAACAUUAUCAUCAGCGAGGAUUGUUUGGCUAUACUGGAGGAAAUUCUACGUAAGCUAGCUUCAGAAGAUUGUUCCUUAAGAACUUUUCGGAGAGCAAUUGGUUUUGGACAGAAUAUCAGAAAAAAUCUCAUCCCACUAUUGAUUCAUGUCAAAAACGAUGCUAAAAUCACUGAUUCAACAAAAAUCAUUGACACUAUCAUUAAAAUUCUAGUUAAUCUUACGAUACCAGUUGAAUAUCUUGUUUCUGUCGAAGUGAAGUCCAACACAGAUGUUGAAAAACAUACAAUCUUUGAACUCAACAAACUAUUAACAUCUAGCAAAGAAGUUUUUGCGGAAAGCAAAAGUACUAAGGCAGUUGUUGACCAUAUGAAGUUUAUAGUGGAAUCUGACUCACAGCUAAAUUUAGAGCAAUGUGAUAACAUUAACAACUGUUUGUUACUUCUACGAAAUAUCCUUCAUAUUCCUGAAAAUCGAGAACCAUCUUCUAAUGGAUUUAACCACACCAGCAUGCAAAAUCAAAUUAUGUGGAAUUUGUUUACUCAAAGUAUUGACAAAAUUAUCAUUUACCUCAUGUCCUGUCCUCAAAGGGUUUAUUGGAGCGUAACAUUAGUACAAUUAAUCGCUCUGAUGUACAAAGACCAGCAUGUGGGAACACUGCAGAAGCUUCUUAAUCUUUGGUUGGAGGCUUGUUACAGUGACAGUUCUGAGGAUAAUGAAAGUAAUACUUCGCCACCUGAUCAAGGUAGCGAUGAUUCAUCUCCAGUUAUAACAUCAGAUCCUACCUCUGAUUCCAGUGAUACUGGAAGUAAUGGUCGAAAUAAAUCAAACAAUAACAAUGCCAAUAACAGGGUUACUAUAGAUAGAACUAAAAAUACUUCUACUGAGACUAUUAGAACGUCACAAACAAGAAACAAAAAUAUCAAUACAGUAAAGAGAAAUAAAAGUACUGAAACAGAAACUAGUACAAGCAGUGGAGUUUCAUCAAUGGGACAUAGUACUGAGUCCAACGAUGGAUCUAUGCAAUCUACUCAAACUCAACAAGCGUCACAAAACUCAAAAAGAUCGACUUCCAUAUGCCAGUCAAAUCAAAGUGAAAUAUCGGAUUGUGGAUAUGUAACACAAAUGGAAAAUCAGGAAUCAAUUUCAACCUCAAGUAAUGAAGAUGAUCAGCCUCAUCAAAAACCAGUACAUCAAAAGCCACCUAGUUUUCAAAAGACUCGAUAUAACAGUAGCAAAAAUAGAACUACAACUACUUUAGAUAAAAAGGAACUGAGAAGAAAGAAGCUUGUAAAAAGAAGGAAAACCAACAUCAUUAACAUGAAAGGACUUAUUCAUCAUCUUCCUACAGACGAAGACAUUGCUAAUAUUCUGAAAGAGUUUACAGUAGAUUUUCUUUUAAAAGGAUAUGGUACUUUAGUCAACGAUUUGCACACGGAAUUGAUAUCAAAUAUUCACAUACAGAUAGAUACUUCUCACUUUUUCUGGCUUGUAACAUAUUUUUUAAAGUUUGCAGUUCAACUAGAACUAGAUCCUGAGCAUAUCAGUCCAGUCUUGAGUUAUCGUAUUUUGUCCUAUUUGGUUUUUCAAGGUAUUUGGGUUUGUGAAGAGUUGGAAAUUAGUUACACAAAACCUGAUUACGAUCUCAAACCGUGUCUUAGAAGAUUACAUUUGGUUGUCACUGCCAUUCGAGAAUUUCUACAGGGAGUCGAAGCUUAUCAAAAGAUGAUUCAUCUUAAUGAUAAUGACAAGGACCAUUUAGCAAAAUUACAAUCUCAAAUAGUCAAACUCAAAGACCUAAAAAUGUUGUUUGUACUGUUAUUGAGACAUUAUAAAGUAAAUUUACAAAGUAAACAGUAUUUACAGGAUCUCAUUUUGACCAAUCACAAUUUUUUUCUAUUUUUGGAUAACGCUUCCACCACGCCAAAACAUAAUUCGAGUAUGAUGGAUCAUUUGAAGAAUUUUGCAACAGUCGAAAUUAUGCGUCAGUAUGGAAUUUUAUUGGAGAACUUUAAGCAAAACGGCGAAUUUAUAAAUAAUUGUAUUUUUACCAUGAUGCACCAUAUGGGCGGCGAUCUUAACCACGUGGAGACAUUGUUUCAACCAAGUAUCCUGAAGACAUUUUCACAAAUUUGGGAAACCGAUUACGAGAUAUGUGAUGACUGGUCGGACCUUAUAGAAUACGUCAUUCAUAAAUUUAUAAAUACUCCUGGCACACAUUGUGUCGAGAACGCCAGCAACCAAGUACAUUUGAGCAGUGAUAAUAAUUCUAAAUCUGAAAAAACUCCAUCCGAGUGUAGCUCUCUCGAUGAAAUACUAAUAUUAUUUAGGUGGACUAAAGAAGAAAAAGAUAAUCUUUUAAAGUAUUACAAUCAAAACAAAGAAUCCUCGGAGACGAUUGCCAAAAUCAUUGAAAGUUAUGAAGCAGGUGGAUUUAAGUUUAAAUCACAAAUAUCGAUUAUAGAGGAACUUCUAGAACAAAAUAUUAUCAGCGAAAACGAGUAUAAUGAUUUAAGGAGACAGCAUAGAAUCGAAAGGAUAGAUUCUUUAUCCGAAGAUGAAGAAACCAAAGAUAUAAUGGAAGAUGAGUUAGGGUGUGAUGAUAGUUUAAUAGACAGUGACACGAAGGUUAUUAAGGAGUAUUUGUACAAAGAAAAUAAAGGAAAAUUUUUAAUCUGGCUGCAAAAGGUCUUACUGGAGGUUUGCUAUGUCAAGUUGGUUCUUGGAAAUCCCGAACAGUUCAAGGAGAAUGUAAAUUUAUUAGAACCGACCGUAUAUUAUUUCGCAUUAUCUAAUUUACCUAUUCCACUUAUCCCAUGGACCGUCGAUCAAGCCAAUAUUUUGAAACAUCAGCCUUUUAUUCUACUACUGCACAAACUUGGAUUCUACUUACCUGCCGAUACCGGAAAGAUCUUCGUUCGAAUACCAAACUUCUGGACACCAGAUUACGUAUUCAGAAUAGCACAACUAUUGGGACCAAUAAACAAAGAUAAGCUUAAAUUUGAUGUUGAUCUACUAAAAGGAAUAGAUAACUACAACGCUUUUGAAAUAAAGCCACACGUAUCUGCCACUUUCUUUGAUCCUGGAAGAUUUUCUAUUCCAGAUCUGAAGUUAACACCUUCUGUUGUUCGUUACACGCCAUUUACUAGCCAGCUCUCAAUCGCAAUUCCCGAUAACGAGAUAAUAUCUUGCAACAUUCCACCACCCGAACUUGCCAUUGUUAGCAUAUCGAAUGGAUGUCCAACAAGAAACUCAGUGGAAAUGGAAUGUUCGCCAAUUCACGUAACAGACAGUGACUUGGUGCUCAGCGAUGAAAGAAAUAGUAACUGUGAUACAGCCUCUGUGGCAUCAGACUUAACUAGGAUGUGUGUUAGUGACGAGGAUGAUAAAGUGGUAUUGGUUUUGAAUGGUACUGACAAAAUUGCGUGAUUUGUUUUAAUUAGAUUCUAAGUCAAUAUUUUAUGUGUAAAGAAAAAAGUUGUAAAGUAUUUGAAAUUGGGUAUCAACUCAAGGACAUACGGGUAUUACUAAAUAAUCAAGGAUUAGAAUU